CACACGUUAACUCAUUCCCUCCAGGCCAAGGAUUAAAUCCUGUCCAUGUAGGGGUCAGGGCUUCUGCAGACCCUGAGAGCAAAGCACCCCACCCCCAAGUGAGGGGAGGCUCGAGGGAAAGGGAGGGACAGAACACAGGGAGUGAGAGAAGGAAGGAGGGGCCGCCAGCCGGGUUCCUGUCCCCCCACAGAGCCAGCUCAGAUUCGGCUCUAGGAACAAGUCAGCCACAGAAGCGGCGGCAGCUUCUCUCCUCCAGCUAAGGACAGCAGGCACACAGACGCACGGACAGAGGUGCUAGGCGGAAGUCCUCAGCCCCCAGCCGUUCGGCCGGGCCUGGCCCCAUGGCCUUCAACGACCUCCUGCAGCAGGUGGGGGGUGUCGGCCGCUUCCAGCAGAUCCAGGUCACUCUGGUGGUCCUCCCCCUGCUCCUGAUGGCCUCCCACAACACACUGCAGAACUUCACCGCGGCCAUCCCCACCCACCACUGCCGCCCGCCCGCCGAGGCCAACUUCAGCCAGGACGGGGGGCUGGAGGCCUGGCUGCCCCGGGACGGACAGGGGCAGCCCGAGUCCUGCCUCCGCUUCACCGUCCCCCGGCGGGGACCACCCUUUCCCAACAGCACAGACGCCAACAGCACGGGGGCCACAGAGCCCUGCACCAACGGCUGGAUCUAUGACAACAGCACCUUCCCCUCCACCAUCGUGACUGAGUGGGACCUCGUGUGCUCUAACAGGGCCUUACGCCAGCUGGCCCAGUCCUUGUACAUGGUAGGGGUGCUUCUUGGAGCCAUGGUGUUUGGGUACCUGGCAGACAGGCUGGGCCGCCGGAAGGUGCUGAUCUUGAACUACCUGCAGACAGCCGUGUCAGGCACCUGUGCAGCCUUCGCUCCCAACUUCCCUGUCUACUGUGCCUUCCGGCUCCUCUCGGGCAUGUCGCUGGCUAGCGUCGCCCUCAACUGCAUGACACUGAGUUUGGAGUGGAUGCCCAUCCACACGCGGGCUUGUGUGGGCACCCUGAUAGGCUACGUCUACAGCCUGGGCCAGUUCCUCCUGGCCGGUGUGGCUUAUGCUGUGCCCCACUGGCGCCCCCUGCAGCUGCUGGUCUCCGUGCCUUUCUUCGCCUUCUUCAUCUACUCCUGGUUCUUCAUCGAGUCUGCCCGCUGGCACUCCUCCUCUGGGAGGCUAGACCUCACCUUGAAGACCCUGCAGAGAGUGGCCUGGAUCAAUGGGAAGCGGGAAGAGGGGACCAAGCUAAGUAUGGAGGUACUCCGGGCCAGUCUGCAGAAGGAGCUGACCAUGGGCAAAGGCCAGGCAUCCGCCCUGGAGUUGCUGCGCUGCCCCGCCCUUCGCCACCUCUUCCUCUGCCUCUCCAUGCUGUGGUUUGCCACUAGUUUUGCCUACUAUGGGCUGGUUAUGGACCUGCAGGGCUUUGGGGUCAGCAUCUACCUGAUCCAGGUGAUUUUUGGUGCUGUGGACCUGCCUGCCAAGCUUGUGGGCUUCCUUGUCAUCAACUCUCUGGGCCGCCGGCCUGCCCAGAUGGCCUCCCUGCUGCUGGCAGGCAUCUGCAUCCUGGUCAAUGGGGUGAUACCCCAGGAUCAGUCCACGGUCCGAACCUCCCUUGCCGUUCUGGGGAAAGGCUGCCUGGCUACCUCCUUCAACUGCAUCUUCCUGUACACUGGGGAGCUGUACCCCACGGUGAUCCGGCAGACAGGCUUGGGAAUGGGCAGCACUAUGGCCCGAGUGGGCAGCAUCGUGAGCCCACUGGUGGGCAUGACUGCUGAAAUCUACCCCUCCGUGCCUCUCUUCAUCUACGGUGCGGUCCCUGUGGCUGCCAGUGCUGUCACUGCCCUCCUGCCAGAGACCCUGGGCCAGCCACUGCCAGACACGGUGCAGGACAUGGAAAGCAGGAGGAGAGGAAAGCCAAGACGGCAGCAGCAAGAUCAGCAGAAGCAAAUGGUCCCGCUCCAGGCUUCCGCACGAGAGAAUGGACUCUGAGCACUGAGAAGGGACCUCACAGAGCCUAAAAGGAAGUGAGGGUCCCACGGGUCCUGAGCCACCCACUGGAGGAGGGGAAAUGGCAGCCCAAGUGUCCAGGCUGUGGUUCAGGGAAGCACCUCCCAGGGGUCUCCCUCCGUGAAUAGACUCCACCAAGACCACGUCAUUAAAAGGUCCGUGUGCAUCUC